AUGACGGAAGGAGUUGGUGACCCAGGCAAUGUCAUACAUCGUACACAUCGCGUGCACGAAAGCGAACCACCGAACUCUUUGGACUUGGUCUCUGAAGAAGAUUCGCAAAUCAGAGAAGCGGGAGGCCCCGGGCUGCCCCGGGCCGGCGAGAGGAGUCGGAGAGCGGCUCUGAGAAAAUCCGAAGAAUACAGUAGAGAAACUCCAGAGUGCAGCUCGGACGGAAGCCGCGGGGCACGGGAGAGGAUCCCGAGGAAAAGCCUCGGGAACGACGUGUGUGCUACGCAGCGAAGAACUGCGACAGAGUUGCGGGCUCUGCCAGCGGUCUCAGGCAAUCACAGAGUGGUCCCACAGUCUGUGUUGGAACCAGAAAAAAUGGAAAUAGACAUUUCUCUGCCUUCACCAGCAUUGGGUUUUCCUGUGGGGUGUCCUGCAGUGUCUCCUGAAGAGUUAGCAGCAGCCCUGGGAGGGCAGGUUCAUCUCUCACCUUCACUGCCCGGCUCACCGAGCUCAGUCAGAGCAGGCAUUCAAAUGCAGAUCGCAGGCAUUCGCAUGCAGAGCGAUCGAGAAGUUCAGAAGAGUGCCGGCAGCAGGAGAAUUAGCAGAAUUAGGGACUUUGGUGGACCAGGAGAUCAAAGACAGAGAAAAAACCCGACAGCUGUUGAUAACGGAGGCGAGAAGGGACAGUGGCUCCGUGCCUGUCUCCCAGACCGCAGUGCCGGCGGAGGACGCCGGGUUCGGUUCUCGGGAGGGGCUGGUCCCGAUGGGAAGUCGGUUGUUUCGGCCGAUGCCGCAGAACGCAAAGAAUGUUCUCAAGAUGUACAGCCUGGGAUGCAGGACAUGGGAUCUUUGCAACCUGGUUUACCUUCCCUUCAAUGUUACCUGUUAACUGGCAAUUGGCAUUUAAACUCUCCAGUCAAAAAGUUUUUCUCCUACUUAUUUUUGCUGUCAAACUCUUUUUUCGUUUGUAAUUUUAGAGGUCAGAACCCAGCUGUCGCUGAAUUUAACUUGCUUCUUAAAGCAAAUUCUUUGGAAACGUACGGUGUUGAUCCUCACCCCUGCAAGGACUCAUUUGGGACAACUACAUUUUUAGGAUUCACAGCUGCAGGAUUUGUAGUUUUCCAGGGAAAUAAAAGAAUUCAUUUAUUAAAAUGGUGUGAUGUCUAUAAACUGAAAUUUGAAGGGAAGACAUUUUAUGUGUUUGGAGCUCAGAAAGAGAAGAAGGCUGUGCUGUCAUUCCAUACCUCUACACCAGCAGCCUGCAAGCAUCUUUGGAGUGUGUGGGUGGAGAACCAGGCUUUUUACAAGUAUGCAAAGUCCAGUCAGAUCAAGACAAUGUCCAGCAGCAAGAUAUUUUUUAAAGGCAGUAGAUUUCGAUAUAGUGGAAAAGUAGCCAAAGAGGUUGUGGAGGCAAGCUCUAAAAUCCAGAGGGAACCUCCUGAAGUUCACAGAACCAACAUUACCCAGAGUCGCAGCUCUCCCUCCUUGAACAAACAACUCAUAAUCAACAUGGAACCUCUGCAGCCUCUACUUCCUUCUCCCUGUGAGGAGGAAGAGGUUCCUUUAGAUGAAGGUAUCCAACUGCCAAAGGAAGAGGAGAUUUCAGUACCUGUGACAUCAAGCUCUCCAGUAAAGGAUACUGGGAAGGAUGUUGAUCUUGCCAUUGAACAGGAAGAGAAGAUGAAAGAGGAACCCUUAACCAUCUCAGAGCUGGUAUACAAUCCAAGUGCCAGCUUGCUGCCCACACCCGUUGAUGAUGAGAUCAACAUGCUUUUUGAUACCUGUCCAAGAGCAGAGAAUGAGAAAGAUGAUACCGAUUCAUUUGAGGAACUUGAAGCAGAUGAAAAUGCAUUUUUAAUUGCAGAGGAGGAAGAACUGAAAGAAACUCGGAGAGCCCUGAGGUGGAGCUAUGACUUUCUAAUGGGCAACAUAGAGGUGAAUGCUUUUGUGAAGAGUUUCUCCAGACUUUUUCUUGUGGGUCUUGGACUAUUGUUGUUUGUGUUCCCCCUUUUCCUUGUUCUCUUGGAGUCAGACCUUCAAAUCUCUUUCCUUCAUGAAAUCCGCCAGACACCGGAGUUUCAGCAGUUUCAUAUCGAAUAUUACUGCCCCCUUAGGCAGUGGAUGGCUUGCAAAAUAAACUUCAUCCGUGAUAUGCUGGGCGGCUUUUAAAUUUUACAUGAAUAUGAUACAACUAAGGGCUAUAUUCAAAAUUUCAGUUAGUGACAGCUUUCCAUAGUGCCCCUGGGCCCAUGUGUUGGCAGCUGCCAUCAUAUCUUUAUGUACAGUUUUGUUACAGACUCUGCAGGUUCUUCAGUUCCCUUCACAUACUUACAUUGCCAUUUUAGUUACCAACUUAUACAGUCACCUUUCAAUAACCAAAAUGCAGUUUUAUUUUAAUUACAUUUCAGACUUCCAGCUCAUUUAUUGCAUUAUAUAAGAUAGGGUCACAAUAAGUUUUGUUGUCCUUAACCUUUCAAUCCAUGACACUAUAACUGAUGAUAUUGAAAGAAAACAUUUUUGAAUAUACUCCUUAGUGCAACAAUCUCUUCUAACCAAUGCCUAUACAAGCAAUGUUUAUGCUGGGUUUUUGGUUUUUGUUUGUUUUUCUGUUUGUUUGUUUUUUUAAAUUUUUAUGUGUUUAAGAUAUUUUGGUAAAUUUUUAGUAAAAGACAACUAAUGGUGUUAUUUAAAUGUACAUUGGUAAGAAUAAUGCAGAAGGGCAUGUAGGGUGUUUUUAGUGUUUUACCAGUUAUUUGUUUUUAAACUAGGGCUGGAGAAUGAAUGAAUUUAAUGUAGCUCUAUAUAAAGGGACUGUGUUUGGGAAACACACAGAAAGUUCACUCAAGUUCAGUAGGGGCUGCCUGGGGGAGGUGAAAUGACAGCAAGUAUGCAAAAGAAUUUCUGAAAGGCACCGUUCUAAAGCUUGGGGAAGUGAGCAGAACUGAAAUGAUCCUUCCUCUUACCUGUCAGGUUGUCUUCCAUUUUAUCAGUUCUGUAGAAAGUCCUUACAAGAUAGUCCCAGUAUGUUUAGAGAAAGAUUAAAUCUUCAGUCUAAAUGUAGAUUAUUGUACAUAACGGGAGACAAUAAUAGUAAGUAGCAAAAAAAAAAAAAGAAAAAAGAAAA